AGGUGGCCGAGGGAGAGGUUGCGGCGCCUGUGGCCUCCGCUCCGCCCCCUCCUCCUCCUCCUCCAGGGCUGUCGCCGUCGCCGCCGGGGCCCGGAGGGAGGGAGCUGCUUCCCCGCCUGCCGCGCCGCCAGUCCGACCCUCGGUCCCGCUGUGUGAGUAGCUGGCGGAGUGGAUCUCAGUGCAGACGCAGGAGCUGCGGCCGCCCCCUCUGCAGGUGCCUGUGAGGAGGCGCCCGGGCCGCAGCCGCUUUCCGAGACCUCCGGUCGCGCACUCGCUCCCCGCGCUCCUGAGGGACCGCCCGACCGGAGGAGGCCGUCGCGGAGUUCGGCGCUCAGCAUGAACCGCAGCCACCGGCACGGGGCGGGCAGCGGCUGCCUGGGCACCAUGGAGGUGAAGAGCAAGUUUGGAGCUGAAUUUCGUCGGUUUUCGCUGGAAAGAUCAAAACCUGGAAAAUUUGAGGAGUUUUAUGGAUUACUACAACAUGUUCAUAAGAUCCCCAAUGUUGACGUUUUGAUAGGCUAUGCAGACAUCCAUGGAGACUUACUACCUAUAAAUAAUGAUGAUAAUUAUCACAAAGCUGUUUCAACGGCCAAUCCACUGCUUAGGAUAUUUAUACAAAAGAAGGAAGAAGCAGACUACAGUGCCUUUGGUACAGACACGCUAAUAAAGAAGAAGAAUGUUUUAACCAACGUAUUGCGUCCUGACAACCAUAGAAAAAAGCCACAUAUAGUCAUUAGUAUGCCCCAAGACUUUAGACCUGUGUCUUCUAUUAUAGACGUGGAUAUUCUUCCAGAAACGCAUCGUAGGGUACGUCUUUACAAAUAUGGCACUGAGAAACCCCUAGGAUUCUACAUCCGGGAUGGCUCCAGUGUCAGGGUAACACCACAUGGCUUAGAAAAGGUUCCAGGGAUCUUUAUAUCCAGGCUUGUCCCAGGAGGUCUGGCUCAAAGUACAGGACUAUUAGCUGUUAAUGAUGAAGUUUUAGAAGUUAAUGGCAUAGAAGUUUCAGGGAAGAGCCUUGAUCAAGUAACAGACAUGAUGAUUGCAAAUAGCCGUAACCUCAUCAUAACAGUGAGACCAGCAAACCAGAGGAAUAAUGUUGUGAGGAACAGUCGGACUUCUGGCAGUUCUGGCCAGUCUACCGAUAACAGCCUUCUUGGCUCCCCACAGCACAUUGAACCAAGCUGUGAGCCAGAGGAUGAAGACAGCGAUGAGGAUGACAUUAUCAUUGAAGACAAUGGAGUGCCACAGCAGAUUCCAAAAGCUGUUCCUAAUACUGAGAGCCUGGAGUCAUUAACACAGAUAGAGCUCAGCUUUGAGUCUGGACAGAAUGGCUUUAUUCCCUCUAAUGAAGUGAGCUUAGCACCCAUAGCAAGUGGCUCAACCACGGAAUUUGAAACACAUGCUCCAGAUCAAAAACUCUUAGAAGAAGAUGGAACAAUCAUAACAUUAUGAAACCGUUGUUUGAAUGUUUUCAGAGUGAGGAUGCCAUGAGAACUUGUACAUUUGGCUAGUGUAAAAGCAUAUAUACCUCUGACCAGUGACAUGGAAUAGGCAUGAGACGAGUAAUGUUGCAAGCUUACAAUAUUAUUAAUAUAGUAGUCUGAUAAUUGUUAAUAUAAACUUUGGUGGAUCAGAGGUGAAUUUAAGUCCAAAACAAAGGGGCCUUUGCUGAUGAAGUUACGUGCUUUUACUUUUUUGUCUGUGGAGAAUCAGAUGUUAAAGCACAUUCUUGGAACUAUGCGAGAAGACUAGAUCAUUUCUGUUGGAAGUGGUUGCAUAUUUAACCUGCUGUGCAGAGCCCAGUUAAUUUUUCCUUUAACUGUAUUUUUAAAAUUCUAAUGUGAAGUCUGAUUCUCUCUUUUGGUAUACUGGGGACCUCAGCUCUUAAAGGUCUUAUGUUCUCAAUAUUUUUUUU